CCUGGAAGCAGCGUGACAAGUGGGUUUCACUUAUACUGCAGCAGGGCAAUUACUUUUGUGCCUUAUUUUGAGUAGCUGACACUUUAAAACAUGAAUAAAUGGCGGGUUUAAUAAAUCCGGAGAAUGAAGGAGAUCUUCAGGCUCAAAUUGAAGAGGUGGAGGCUUUGUCUUCUAUCUAUGGUGAUGAAUGGUGUGUAAUAGAUGAAGCGUCCAGAAUAUUUUGCAUCAAAAUAUCCAGCGACUUUGAGGAGCCAAAACUGACAGCAUGUCUGCAGAUAAUUCUCCCACCUGAUUAUCCAAGUGCAGCUCCACCCAUCUACCAGAUCAAUGCAGCGUGGUUGCGAGGCUCUGAGAGGGCCAAAUUGGCAAACAGCCUGGAAGACAUCUAUGUGGAGCAUGCCGGGGAGAACAUCCUCUACCUGUGGGUGGAGAAAAUUAGAGACUUCCUUGUUGAGAAAUCCCAAAGCUCAGAAACAGUGGAUCAACCAGAAAACGUGAAUGUGACUGCUGAGGAGGAAGUGGAUGAUGAUGAGGAUGUUCCUGAUUUCAGGACUCUCAGACUGAAUACAGAAAAUGUACAUCUCUUCAUGGAUCAGGCAAAUGAUGAAGAGAUACCGCCAAUAAAACAUGGAAAUGCCAUCACAGAUCGUCGCAGCACCUUCCAGCCUCAUUUAGCACCUGUGGUCAGUCCCAGACAGGUUAAAAGGGUCCUGGAGAAGCUUUAUGAAAACAAGAAGAUUGCAAGUGCCACACAUAAUAUUUAUGCAUACAGGAUUUACUGCGAGGACAAGCACAGCUUCCUGCAGGACUGCGAGGACGAUGGUGAGACAGCCGCAGGGGGGAGAUUGCUCCAUUUACUCCAGAUCCUGGACGUGCGUAAUGUCUUGGUGGUUGUGUCUCGGUGGUACGGAGGCAUUUUGUUGGGCCCUGACCGCUUCAAGCACAUCAACAACUGUGCCCGAAACAUCCUGGUGGAGGAGGGAUACACUGCCUCCACGGAUGAGGCCAGCAAAUCAAAGACCAAACGGACAAAAAGCAAGAAGACUAAAUGAGCUUUAAAAGAAAGAAAAAUGUCUGUUUUUAGCCAGUUUAGAUGUGUCUCAAAGGAACAUUAUCUCCCUCAGUUAAAAACAAUCUAUUUAGAUUAAUUAAGAUUAUUAAUUGUCAGCUAGGACUUGUCUCAGAAUAUUUCUUUAGCUGCAGGAUAUUUCCAUUGUUUAUCUGAAGGCAUUACAUGAAGCGUUUACAGUACAAAAUUGUUAUUAAAGCAUAUCAACAGAA